CUCGGCUCGGCUCGGCCCGCCGCUUGGCGCUCGCCUGGGCAGGCGGCGGCAGCAGAACCGCGGAGGCGCCGCGACGAUGGCGGGCAACCAACCGCCGCCCCCGAAGCCCUGGGAGAGCCGGCGACUGUCAGCUGAUGUGGGGGCCAACCAGUUAACUAGACCCGGACAGCCCGCCCUGACUCGAGUGCCCCCUCCUAUUCCGCCAAGGCUGUCGCAGCAAACAGGAAGUACUGCCCUAAAUACCUACCGGCCCGCUUACAGCACCUCUUUUUCUUCAGGCUAUGGCGGAUAUGGAAAUUCCUUUUACGGAAGCUACAGCCCUUACAGUUUUGGGUACGGCAGCUUGGGCUACAACCGUUUCCGGGUGGAUGACGUUCCCACCAGCCGGUUUGUGCAGCAAGCAGAAGAAAGCAGCCGGGGGGCGUUUCAGUCCAUCGAAAGCAUUGUCCAUGCCUUUGCCUCUGUCAGCAUGAUGAUGGACGCUACCUUCUCGGCCGUCUACAACAGUUUCCGAGCUGUUUUGGAUGUAGCAAAUCACUUUUCCCGGCUCAAAAUACACUUCACCAAGGUGUUUUCAGCUUUUGCUUUGGUCCGAACGAUACGGUACCUCUACAGGCGGCUACAGAGGUUGCUGGGCAUGAGAAAGAGUUCUGAGAAUGAUGAUCUGUGGGCAGAAAGCCAAGGAACUGUGGCCCGCAUUGGUCCUGAAGAAAAGGCCACCAAUUCUGCAAAAUCGUGGCCCAUCUUCCUGUUCUUUGCUGUUGUUCUCGGUGGGCCCUACCUAAUAUGGAAGUUACUAUCCACCUACACAGAUGAGGAAACAGUUUCCAGUAAUUGGGCCAGCGGAGAAGAUGACCAUGUUGUUGGGAGAGCAGAAUAUGACUUCACUGCUGUUUCGGAAGAAGAAAUUUCUUUCCGUGUGGGUGAAAUGCUAAAAUUGGCACCGAAAGAACAACAACCCAAAAUACGUGGCUGGCUUUUGGCCAGUCGUGAUGGCCAGACAACGGGACUUGUCCCAGCUAAUCAUGUCCGAAUACUUGGCAAAAGAAAAGGGAAGAGAACCAUAGAGGUGGAGAAGGUUACAGAGCAACAGCCAAAAAACACCAAUCUCACUUUGGUUCAAGGAGCCACGACCAGUGACACAUUGGAAGAGCAAGAAGCUGCCUUUGAGUCGGUUUUUGUGGAAACGAAUAAAGUUCCUGUCACGUCCAGCCCUGCUGUGCUAAGUGGAGAUAUCCAGGACCUUUGACAUGUGUGAAGGUUUAUUAAAAUGCUUGACAUGCGCUCACCAGUAAUACUGUAGGAUAGCCAUUUGAUAGUGAUGUAGCAGAACACUGUUGUUGAUCGUCUCUGGGUAUCUUGCUAUUCACACCUGAUGGAGUCUUGGAGGGAAGUUAUUGGUCCUAAUCUUGUGCUUGAUUCAUUUAGCAUUGGACAGUUGGGUUAAGCAUGCCCAGGUCGAUUAAUAGCUCAGGUGAGUUUUGAAGCCAGGUUUGGCACGUUGUCCCACCAACUGCUACUUGAGGUGGCCCUUUCUUUGAACGCUUCAGUGGAAUCCUUUGAAGAUUCCAUGGAAUUAGGUCAUUGUGCUUGCAUUCAGGGGGAUUUUUUCCCCAGAGACUGUGAGGUUAUUUUUCCAAAAAAACAUUUUUAAAGUGGAGAAAAUCUCUAGUUCAUGGGAAAGCCAGACUAACACCAAGAAAGAAAGCUUCUGCAGGGAAAACGAAUGCUACCACUGGUUGGUUGUUCUCUGUCGAAGGUGUUUUAGAAUGGGCAGCACAUGGACCUAAUUAUAGUUCCAAUGAGAGGGUGUGCAAAUAGACUACCUGGUCCUUUCAUAAAUAAGCAUUCUCCACAAGAGCUUUGACAUCGGUUCCUUUAUGCUGAUCCAUAUCUGCACUUGAUUUCCCCUGUAACCCUUUGCCUGGCUGCUUUGUCACUUUCCUUCCAUAUCAAGUCUCCAACACCUUUUGCUCAGUCUUAUUCCUGCAGCCUGCAAUUCGAUCUGCCAAGGACACCUUGCUGAGACUGAGACUCAACAUGCAAUGGCAGCAGAUGCCCCCGUUUUAAACCUGGGUCUGUUAUCAUCAUGUGUAGUCUGAGCCCCGUGUAAUUGGUAAAGAUCAUACGUAAAUCUUUUUUUGUGUGGUUGAUCCCUUAAUUUGAAAGUGUGAGCUCUCUUAUCAGCUAACAUUCUGCAUAAUUAAACUACAGUACUUUGUAGUACUAAGAACACAAAACUUGAUAUUGUUCUGAAUAGUUGGAUAGUGAAGAUUAGCAUGAAAAUAAAACCACAACAAUCAUGUUUACUACUGCACUGAAGCCAUACUAUUCUGGAGAGAAAACUAGGCCAUUCAGGGAAGGUUUAGUGAGCAAUAAACUAAUUUCAGGGUGAACUUCCUUAGAAAAAAUGAUAAAUUGACCACAGAACUAUGUCUAUAGCUAAAGAAUACUGUGAAUUUGUAAUGCUGUGCUUCAUUUUGUUAAAUAAGCUUCCAAAAUUGAAAAGUGCUUAAACUGAAACCUGCAUCUUGGAUUUCAUUAAGCUUAACUCAAAAUCCUUAUGUAGAGCACCUUCUCUCCAAUUUCACUGCAAGAGAGUUGCCAUUUUUAUAAUUAAAAGGGUUCACUUGUACUCUUUCCAAGCAAUGUUCUUGGCUGGUGUCAAUUAGAAUGCAGGAUUCUGGCAAUAUGAAAAAAGUUGGCAUGCUCUGGUAAAUUUGCUGGAGGUAGUUUUCAAAGCCAUUUCAGUACACUCACAGUUGAACUAGUGUGCUAAGGUCUGAGAGAGACAGACAAUGUUUGGCCCCAUUCUGUUUAAUAACAGAGCAGUACAAUGGCUUCUGGUCAAAAUAUAGAAUGUCUUCAACAAGGUAGCAGCUGCAGGCCAGGGGAAUGGGAAAUCAAGACCAGAUGCACUAGCUUUGAGCUGCCAUACAGAUCAGACUUUGGCGCAGGAUUAGGUAUAGAAGCCCUUAUGCCACAGAGAUGAGCAUCCUGAAUUUUCGUUCAAAAUAAACCAGAAAAUGGAGGUAGGUGUAUACCUUUUCUGUAUAUCUGAGACUUCUUCAAGAAGUGUUCCAUUCUUCCAAGUGCCCACUUAAAAUUCAAACUGGCUGCUGUGGGUCAGGGGGGUGGGUUCAAAUUUUCAUUAGAUUUCAGAUCUUUUGAGUUUGUAAGACCUAAAUGUUUUAUCCUUUAAUUUUUCUGAUGAUAAUACAUUAGGCUGAAAAGCAUUUGCUUAUGAGUAAGUUGCUCUUGACUGACAGCCUGAUCCUAAAACUGUUCACUAAAGUGCCACUAAUGGGGCUUGUUUCCUAGGAAUCAUACUUGGAUUUACUGUCCAUAUCUUUCUUUGAAGUUGCAUGUCAAUAACAAAGAAUCAUAUCCAUGCAUAUCGUGCUUCAGAUUGACAACUAUGGAUCGUGAACCUUGACACUGGACCCUUUGAUUUUUGUACAUAUUUUAGUGGAUCCAGAAAGAAAAUGGUUAAUUAUUUACAUUUCACUAAGGAUUUUAACAUGCAGUUGGAUUAACCUAUAUGAAUCUAAUUAAAUCGCAUUGAAACUUA